AUGCCGCGGUGGCGGCGCCUGCUGUUGGCGCUACUGGCCGCCGCUGCCUGGCUGUCGCCAGCGCUCCUGCCGCCCCCGGCAGUGCGCGAUGCGCCGCCCCCGACAGUGCGCGAGCCGCCGUCAUCGCCGCGGGUCAUCGUCGCCUACUCGCUGGAGAGCCGCGUGCAGAUGGAGCAGCGCGUGCCCGUGCCCUGCUCGCCGCCGCCGCCGCCGCCUCGCGCCGCCCCCGGCUGGCAGCAGACGGCGCGCCGCGCGCACCUCUACUCGGCGCACUACGACGCGCGCCUGGGCGCACACCACUACGUGCGCGUGGUCGCCGCGCUCGAGGGCCGCGACAAUGCCUCGGCGCUCUUCUGCCAGCUGUGGUUCGGGCGGCGGCCGCUGGUCGUCGAGGCGCUGGAGGCGGAGCUGUGGGUGUCCGCGUGGGACGACGACGCCAGCUACCGCCCCGUGCUGCUCAGCUGCCCCAUCCCGCGGGAGCGCAGCGCGCUGGGCGACCGCCCCCAAGGGGUGUCGGUGGUGCGGAGACCGUGCGCCGCCGCCAGGACCAUGCUCGCCGUCCCCGAGCCGCCGCCGCCCGACCGCCGCCUCCGCAACUUCGCCGUGUGCGUCAAGGGCCUGGACUUCCCGCGCGAGGACAUCUCGCGGCGCCUGGUCGAGUGGCUGGAGCUGAACAGACUUCUGGGGGCAGACUUGUUCCUCGUGUACGUGUAUUCGGCGCACCACAACGUGAGGCGGGUGCUGGACCACUACUCGCGCGCCGGAGUCGUGACCCAGGUGCCGCUGCGCCUGCCGGGGCGGCUGCCCAACUCGCCGGCCGCGAGGUCGCGCUACCUGCGCACGCACGUGUGGCAGCGCCGGCGCACCGAGGUGGUCCCCUACAACGACUGCCUCUACCGCAGCCUGGACUCGCACCGCUACGUCAUGCCGCUGGACGUGGACGAGGUGAUCCUGCCGGCGAGGGCGCGCUCCUGGGGCGACCUGCUGGCGUCGCUGGACCCCGCCGUGGUGCGCAGCCACGCCUCGCUGUCCGCGCGCAAUGCCUACUUCUUCGACGGCUUCCCCCCCUCCCGGGCGUCGCUCCGCUACCCGCCGCACUUCCACGUGCUGCGCCACACCAGGCGCUCCGCCAACUUCAGCCCCGCCGGCGAGGCCGUCAAGAGCUUCGUGUCGACGCAGCGCGCGCUCACCGUGUUCAACCACUACGCGCUGAGCGCGCUCGACCCGGCCGUGGGUCGCAGCCACCUGCUGGACUCCUCUCUGGCGCAGCUCAACCACUACAAGGCGGGCUGCGAGCCGCUGCUGGUGCGCGACUGCGAGGACAACUUCCUGAGGCACCACGUCGAGGACACUCUGGUGAUGCGCUUCGCCGACGAGCUGGUGGCGCGCGUGGAGCCGGUGCUGCGGGAGCUGGGGCUGCUGCCGCUGUGACCUCCUGCAGUCGACCAUCUUCUGGAGAACCCUCUGGUGCUGCAAGAACCGAGGCUACCACCGCUAUGACCUCCUGCAGUCGACCAUCUUCUGGAGAACCCUCUGGUGCUGCAAGAACCGAGGCUACCGCCGCCAUGACCUCCUGCAGUCGACCAUCUUCUGGAGAACCCUCUGGUGCUGCAAGAACUGAGGCUACCCCCGCUAUGACCUCCUGCAGUCGACCAUCUUCUGGAGAACCCUCUGGUGCUGCAAGAACCGAGGCUACCCCCGCUAUGACCUCCUGCAGUCGACCAUCUUCUGGAGAACCCUCUGGUGCUGCAAGAACCGAGGCUACCACCGCUAUGACCUCCUGCAGUCGACCAUCUUCUGGAGAACCCUCUGGUGCUGCAAGAACCGAGGCUACCGCCGCCAUGACCUCCUGCAGUCGACCAUCUUCUGGAGAACCCUCUGGUGCUGCAAGAACCGAGGCUACCCCCGCUAUGACCUCCUGCAGUCUCUCAACCCAACAGAGUCGACCCUCUGGCUGUAGUCUCACACUUUCCAGAGUCGAAAAUCACCUGGAAUACUCUCUGGUGCUUCAAGAGCUGCAUUCUCUCCACUUUCCCGAGUUAACAUUACCUGGAGGACUCUCCGGUGCUAAAAGAGCUGGGGCUGCUGCCCAUUGCUUUCUAUCCACUUGCUAGUGUCGACAAUCAUCUAGUGGAUUCGCUAAUGCUACAAGAGGUGUGUCUCUCCACUUGCUAGAGUCGAUAAUCAUCUAGAAGAUUCUAUAAUGCUGCAAGAGCUUUAGUCUCUUUCCACCAGAGUCGAAAAUGACAUAAGGGAAUCUCUAGUGAACACUAAGCUCGUAUGGCUUUGCUUCAAAUUCCAGUGACAAUAAUGACUCAGAUGACGAUCUGGUGCUAGAAGAACUAGAGCUGUUGCCAUUGAUGACGUUGUGAUUUGUCUCAGUUUAUGUAAUCAGCAACGGUGAGGUACCGUUUGAUUAGUGGCUACCACCAUGAAGAAAUUUUGAAGUGGUACCUACUGCAGAAUGUUUUCAUAGUCAGUUUCAACCUGAUGGUGUCUUGUUACCUGAAUAAUAGUCAGUGUUUCGCUUAUUUAGGAUUUGAUUUUCUAAGCACAAGUGUCAAAUCGCAAUACCAGUGGAAGUGAGGGUUACGUAUCGUCGAAGUCUUCAACUUGCUGGGCACUUUUGGAUAUUUAUUUAAAAAUUUAUUGUUAAAGGAGUUUUGAAAAUAACUAAAUUUGCAUGAUAUUUGAAAAAUUUAUCAGCCACAUUCGAAUAAUUUUCUUCGCAUCUCCAUUAAAUUUUAUUUUUAUAUUAAAUAUUUUUUUCCAAGAUUAAUUGAAG